AUGGCCAAAGUGAUGCUGCCACUCAUUCUAAUGAUUGUUGGCGGAAGUUGGAGCACAUAUGUGCUAAGUAGUGAAGCUAGCAGCAGUGAUACGUACAGGACGAAUAGUUCCAACAGUGAGAAUGUGUUGUCCAGGAAGAAGCGGUUCUUGCUGUUUCCCCUGAACAGUUAUUUGGUGGUUACAGUAUCCGGUUCCAAAACACUUAUCAUCGGUGGACCAUCGGGCAACAAUUUUAUUGCCGAAUUGGAUUUAUAUUACCCAUUACCCGACUAUCGAUAUCGCAUUUCUUCGCUAAGAUUGGGUGAAAUUGCAAUGUUACCAACUGAAAACAAGGAACCGAAAGCGACCGCAGCUCCACCGCCUCCAGCGCAUGAACACCAUGAUGGGCAAGAGUUAUCGGAUACGGAACUGCAGCAAUAUUUUAAGGACCACCCUGAAACGUGGACACCUCCCGGCUAUGGUAAAGACCGAUCCGAUUGGUUUCCACCGAGUACCUACAAUCCGUACCCAAACUAUAGCGGGCAUAGCUUCAACUAUGGACCCUAUUAUCGUAAUCAUGGCAAUCGAGGGUAUCAACCAUACAAAAGCGAACUAUGGCAAACGGAUUCAAACGAUUACAUCCGCCACACCAUUCCUCGGAUGAAGAGAUCGAUGCAUGGCGAUGAUAAUGACGAUGAUGAUGACAAUUACGUGCUUGAAGAAGAACCAGAUCGUUUCAAUAUUAGCCACCAUCGCGAUUGGGAACAUUUUUAUCAUUACCGGGAAAGACGCGAAUUGUACCAUACGCUGGAGAACGAGAUUGGUGAUAGGUUCAGUUUUCCAAUGAAGUCAUGCAUUUUGAGAGCUAUUUGUGAGGCGCGCAGCUUCCUCUUGCCCCCCGGAAAGUCGAUGAUAAUGGAUAUAGUGCGAAUCGUUCUCAGUGUUCCGUUGAAGGAAGAGCUUCAGGAUGAGUACAGCACCGCUAUGAGGGAAGCAUCACUUGACUGUCAUGGUCUUUACGGCAAAAAUUGUCCAAUUAGCAUUUUAUAUUUGAUACUAUUCGGAAAGUUUGUACCCUAAGAUGGAAAACGUCACAAAUGGUUAUCGAUCACUUGAAUCUGGGGUUUUCAUAGAAUAGAUGUAGCAACACAUUGCAUAAACAUGGGACUUAGAUUAUCCUAGAUUCGACAGUUCAAAGUAAAAUUGACUAAUACCAUUCCUAACAA